UGCGAAGAUGGUGGAAGUUUCUUCAUUGGGCUGAACUGGAGUGUAAACCAAAACAUACAGUGGUACUAGUUUUCCGGGGGGCGAGUGAGGCUUAACUUCUGCUGCCUUCGGGUACCGGUUGACUGGCCAGCUUUACCAUGGCCUGUAGUGCAGCCAAACCCAGUUCUUCCAGUGGCUACACCAUGAAGGCCCAGCUUCAGAUUAUUGUGCUCUCAGCAAAACUGAAAGAGAGCAAAAAGAACUGGUUCGGGCCCAGUCCUUACGUGGAGGUUGCUGUUGACGGUCAGUCCAAGAAGACAGAGAAAUGCAACAACACCCACAGUCCCAAAUGGAAGCAGCCUCUCACAGUAAUCGUCACGCCUUUUAGUAAGUUAAUCUUCAGAGUGUGGAGCCACCAGACUUUGAAGGCAGACAUUUUGCUAGGAAUGGCCACGUUGGAAGUGAGCGAAAUGCUGAAGUCCAAUAACAUGAAAAUCUCCGAGGUCGUGCAGACCUUGCACCUCUGCAGCGAGCAGGACCAGAAGGACGUGGUGGGAGAUUUGUCGGUCUGUCUGGAUGGGAUGCAAGUCGACCCGGAGAUGUUUGCGUCUGCGGAAACGAGCAGCCUCUGUGCUAUUCCAAAUGGAGAUUCAAGACCGAAUAAUGAUCACGUUGCAAGGACAAGCAGGGACACGUCCCCCUCCAUUGACAGCCUCGAGGACAUCGCCACACCCAAUGGCCGCCGGACGGUGAACGGCACGGGGUCUCCCUCCCUUUCGGCAGGGGGCUCCAAGCCCCUGCGGCCGCCCAGACCAUCUCGCCCGCCUCCGCCCACCCCUCGAAGACCCGCGUCCUCUCCAGCUUCCUCCAACGGGUCGGUUCCGAGCGAGGGCAGCGACGGUGGGGGCUCUGAGGCCGCUCUGCGCACCUCCGCCCCCGCGGGCUCGGAGCCUGUCGGCAACUCGGUGGUGCAGGACCCCGGGCUGGCGGCGGGCGCCAGGCAGGUGCCCAGCGUCACCCCUGCCCCGUCCAGAAUGGCCCCCAUCGCUGCAGGCCCGCUGCCCCCUGGGUGGGAGCAGAGAGUGGACCAGAACGGCCGGUUGUAUUUUGUGGAUCACAUUGAAAAGAGGACGACGUGGGAUAGGCCAGAGCCUCUGCCUGCAGGGUGGGAGCGACGGGUCGACCCGAUGGGCAGGGUCUACUACGUGGAUCACAUCACCAGGAGCACCACGUGGCAGCGGCCCACGAUGGAGUCGGUGCGGAACUACGAGGAGUGGCAGCUCCAGCGCAGCCAGCUGCAGGGAGCCAUGCAGCAGUUCAACCAGAGGUUCAUCUACGGGCUUCAAGAUCAAGUUUCCGCUACACAGAAUAAAGAAUUUGAUCCGCUGGGCCCUCUGCCACAUGGAUGGGAGAAAAGAACGGACACCAACGGUAGGGUGUACUUUGUGCACCACCCGACACGGACGACCCAGUGGGAGGACCCUCGCACUCAAGGUCUUCUGAAUGAGAAGCCACUGCCUGAAGGCUGGGAGAUGAGGUUCACAGUGGAUGGAAUUCCCUACUUUGUGGAUCAUAACAGGAGAACCACGACGUACAUCGACCCGCGAACCGGCAAAUCUUCCCUUGAAAAUGGGCCCCAGAUCACCUACGUCCGAGACUUCAAGGCCAAAGUACAGUACUUCAGGUUCUGGUGUCAGCAACUGUCCAUGCCACAGCACAUAAAGAUCACAGUCAGUCGCAAAACCCUGUUCGAAGACUCUUUCCAGCAGAUAAUGAGCUUCAGUCCGCAAGACCUGCGACGGCGGCUUUGGAUCAUCUUUCCAGGAGAGGAAGGCUUGGACUACGGAGGCGUGGCUAGGGAGUGGUUCUUCCUGCUCUCCCAUGAGGUGCUGAACCCCAUGUACUGCCUUUUUGAAUAUGCGGGGAAGGACAACUACUGUCUGCAGAUCAACCCAGCCUCCUACAUCAACCCCGACCACCUCAAGUACUUCAAGUUCAUCGGCCGCUUCAUUGCAAUGGCGUUGUUCCAUGGGAAGUUCAUCGACACGGGGUUCUCGUUGCCUUUCUACAAACGCAUCCUGAAUAAGCCUUUGGCAUUGAAAGAUCUGGAAUCCAUCGACCCGGAAUUCUACAACUCCCUCAUCUGGAUCAAGGAGAAUAACAUAGAGGAAUGCGGUCUGGAGAUGUACUUCUCUGUGGAUAAAGAAAUCCUGGGUGAAGUCACGACUCACGAGCUCAAACCAGAUGGAAGCAAUAUCGUGGUUACGGAGGAAAAUAAAGAGGAAUAUAUCAGGCUCGUAGCUGAGUGGAGGCUCUCCAGGGGAGUUGAGGAACAGACUCAGGCUUUCUUUGAGGGCUUCAAUGAAGUGCUUCCACAGCAAUACUUGCAGUACUUUGACGCAAAAGAACUGGAGGUGAUGCUGUGCGGGAUGCAGGAGAUAGACCUGGCAGACUGGCAGAGGAACACCAUCUACCGGCACUACGCUCGCAGCAGCAAGCCGGUCCUCUGGUUCUGGCAGCUCAUUAAGGAAAUGGACAAUGAGAAGAGGAUGCGGCUGCUGCAGUUCGUGACGGGCACCUGCCGCCUGCCCGUCGGGGGCUUCGCUGACCUGAUGGGGAGCAACGGGCCUCAGAAGUUUUGCAUUGAGAAAGUGGGUAAGGAGAACUGGCUGCCCAGAAGUCACACCUGCUUCAAUCGAUUGGAUCUGCCGCCCUACCGAAGCUACGAGCAGCUGAAAGAGAAACUGAUGUUUGCCAUUGAGGAAACCGAAGGCUUUGGACAGGAGUGAUGGGGAGCGGCCGCGCCCCCUCCUUUUCGUCCCCCGCAGCGGCUGUUUGUUCUUGGUUUGACCUUUUCUGUGUGUUCUCCACGUUGCGCUGACAGGGGCUUGUACACGCGGGCUGCUUGCAGACAGCUGUUGUCUGCAGCUGCGAGAGGUGAAACCUGGUCUCCUUGGUGAUCAGGCCCACUCCCAAGACCAGGAGGCGCUUUCGCCGACCUGCCACUCCCCUGCCUGGUCUGCUACCAUGGAAACCCGUCGGGAUGGGGAGGAUGGCAGACCUCCGCCUCCCACCUGUUCUGCUCCUCACCUGGCAGAGCUCCGGUACGCGGCAGACACCUGAGGGCUUUCGCCGAAGGCCCGUUACCUUACGUGCACACUGCAGAAUCACUUCUGAUCUUGACGUCGUGCAUGAUGUUAACCUGUGAUCCCAAGAGCCUGAGAGGAGCACACCGUAAUCUCCCAGUUCCCAUCAGAGUGACCGCGCACAGACUGUACGAUAAUUACGAAGGUUGUCUUCUAGGCAAACGUGAAUCAGAGGUGGUUUUGUGAGUAAACCAUAUAUUGUUUUUACGACUAAUUUAAAGUGGACUUUUUUUUUCCUCCUGGAUCAUCUGCAGCGUUUACCUCUUGCUGUUCUGUUUGAAUCAGUGCCUAAACUUUUUCAUUUCUAAUAAGGAUACAAAAUAUGUUCCACCUCUGUGUUUAAACACCGCUAAUGUGUCUGUCUGUUUUUCAUUGAAUGUUUAAAGACAGAUGUGACUAUAUUUUCAUAGCCAGGUUUUAUUCCUUCACUGUACUUCUCCAAUUUGUCAGAGUUUUGGUCCCAACUCACUAACUAAAUUGCAAGCAGCCUAAUUAGUUCUGACCAAAUUUUAACAGUGGAGCUGUUACUGAAGCAGCCACGAUUACAGUUAACUGUUUAAACUGCAACCCUUUACUGUAACAUCCUUUUAUGUAGAAAAAGCACUUUAAAAGAUAAAAUCACCUGCUGUAAAGGAAGCCCCUUAUGGGGAUGCACACGCUCAGACAGCAAGUGUUAGGAUGAAAGGCUGUUCUGCUCAUAGUAAGAUAACAGCAGGUUGUAAAUGUGAGAGAAUUAACCAGUGAAAAUGGACAGGUUGGGUACUACAGUAUAAAUUCUGCCCACUAGUGAAUUCUAACUUAAAACAUUUAGUCCAAUAGGUUUUAAUGAACACGCCAAGCACACCUGCAUACAUCAGAAUGAGUCUAAUUUAAGUGUGUUUGUACUUCAACAUUUUUAUAUUCAUUUUAACACAGUUUGUUAUAGGGAUCUUGUAGCUUACCUUACAUGAUAUUUAGCAGUGCAGGUAAACCUGCACCCUUGAGGUUUGUCCUAAUUCAAGUUUUAGUCACAAUUUAAUACGUCUGUUAAGAUGUAACAUAAAACAAAAACAGCCAAACACGUUUUGCCCUAUAUUUUUUAGAACACGUUUGAAAUAAACAGGUGCAAGAACAGUGACCCUAGUUUUAUAGGGCCUGGUUGUGUUAUUGCUGUGGUGUGUUUCCAUGUUUGUCAAAUACGAGUUUAGAAUAGUGUAUCUGGGCACUGCGGUAUCUGCUCCGGGUAAUGUUUCUUUUAACUGCUGUAUUAAGAAAAUAGCGGGAAGGUAAGAAUUGAAAGUUGUUUGCAGAAUCCCACAUGCUCAGAACUGCCUGUUUGUGAAGUGAAAUAACAUGAGACAUGAUUUUAGUGAAAGGUGCCACAGUGGACUGCAUCCCACCAAAUGCAACGCUAGUAGAUUUGGAGUCUGACAAGGCAAUACUGUGAAAAAGCCUCUUUAGAGAGCCACUCAUCCUGUAGGCCAUGCAUGUGUAAAAUUUGGUCCUACCAGUAGACUUGUUACCUUUUCACAUAGAUUUGUUUGGCUUCCAAUCUCUUGUAUUCUCAGGCUUGUGUUCACUGGGGUCAGUCGUGUUAUUUAUUUUUUUUUUGUACUAUUGGGAGUAUCAGAAGCAAAAUGUCCAGUUAAUAGCUUAUAACCUGUAUAACUUGUACCCUCAGAUAGCAAAGCCAAAUCAACCAAUGACUGUCAGGGAGAGAGGGGCAAAUGGAUUGUGUAUGUGCUUGCCUGUGUGCAUGCAUGCGUGCACAUUCUCACACAUUUAAUUCAGUAAACUAAUGUGACUUGUGUGCCUCAGGCACAAAAAGCCUCCAUCUAACCGUUGAAAGACAUGACUUUUUUCUUGACAGUGAUUUGUUGAGGCUGUUAAAUUAUUUUAACUGAUUUGGUACAUCUCAAUGUAGGAAUACAAACACGAACACAUUUUCACAUUAUAAAACAGAACGACCUGAAUGGUGUGCGGGCGUGCACGCACACCUGCAGGUGUGUACGUGUGGGUCUUUAAAACACUGGAUUUGAUAAAAUAUUCCCUCUUAAAUUGUGUCUAAUCUGAGUGAAUGCCUGCUGGAGUUUUGAAAACCUGAUGGUGAUUAAAUCCAGGCCCUGAAGAAAUAUAUAAUCGUAUUAGUGGACACCAGCAUUCAUUUGUCAUUUCAUCUCUCCACAGCGAUCCUUUAUCUCUGGGCCGUGUCCUGCAAACUGCAAUGGUUUCAGCUUUAGUUUUCCGUGUGGAUUGAUGCUGUGUCCUGCUCAGUCCUUACGUGCUACCAGGGCACAUAAUUGGUAGUAUGUUUGUAGGCACACAUUUGUCUUACCAGAUAAGAUACACUGUGUUAUAAUUUCCAAAAAUUGCAUUACCUCACUGUCCAAUGAUCAUCUUAACAGAAUUUGUUCUGCCACCUUUGUCCAAAUAGGAAAGCACCUUGUAAGAAAUGCAGGUGCACAGAAGAACCUUGUUGGCAUAUUUUAUGAAAUCCCAGGGAAAUACAUUAUACAUUAAAUUAUUUUGUUGCAUCACAGAUUAUUCUCUUUGAGGCCACAUGUUAUUUGAAACUUAACACUAACUUCCCCUCUGUAUAUUA